AGUGGAAGCUGUUUUUUGUUGUGUGUUAAGAAAAGACAAAUUAAAUCAACUCCAUAUGUUCUCUGUCAACACCCUUCCCUCCCAGUUCCCUCCGCCAUCCCCAUGCCGUCGCCAUUGCCGUCUCACCGUCGUCUGCUCCUCCUUCCGCCGCCGCAGUCGAAGCCGCAGACGUCACAACAAAGUAUCUCUUCCCACCACCACCUCCACCUCUUCAUUUGAACCGAAGCUCGAAGCCGUUAUCGACCUCACUCCCCUAACCGCUUUCCAAUCUGAACUUCGACGGUUCCUAUCUUCCGGCAAAGACGCUUACCGAGAUUUGCAAACCUUGGUCACUCUCGACCACAACCGGAGGCUUGUCGUUUCGUGUCGCCCUUCCACCUUGCAUUUCCUCGGAACUUCGGCGGCUUUGACCUUCCUCGCCUUUUCUGUUUUCACGGUUUUGGCUCAAUUGAUUUCUAGGUUUUCGUCUUGGCGUCGUAACGCGUCUAGCCAUAAGCCUGUUGUGGUGCGGAGGGACCGAAGUCUCGGCGGAAAAGAGGUGGUUGUUGCGUGGGGUCAGAGAAGUGACACGAAUCCGUUAUCAGCGCCGGUUCGGGACUCCGUGAAGCGCUCUGCGAAGAAUAAGGUGGUUCCGUUCCAAAGGAAAUUGCCCAAAUGGUGGCCAACUGUAAUCAAUUCCAGCGCUUCUGUUUUUGACGCCAAUGAACAAGAGGAAUACAAGAGGGAGGCUUAUAGAGUGGUUCGAGCAAUUACCAACAGUAGAUUGGGCGGGAAUGACAUCAUGGAGAAUGAUAUAAUUCAAUUACGUCGACUAUGCAGAACUUCUGGUGUGCAAGUGUCUAUUGAACCAACAAAUAUUCGGGACACCUUGUAUCGGGCAUCUGUUAACUUUGUUUUAAAUGUAUGCAGCAGGGCACCAACUCACUCUACUUCAAUUGAUAUUAAUGGUGAGGAUGCUCCACAAUUCCUUACUGGAUUUGCUGAAAAUAUCGGCCUUGAAAAUGUUCGUGCUGCAACAAUUGUGUCUGCAGCUGUUGCUGCUCGUACUCGCUCCUGUCUUCUACAGGCUUGGGCUCUGGAAAUGCAAGGCAAACAGGUUGAUGCUAUGGUGGAACUGUCAAAAAUAUGCCUUCUUCUACGAAUAUUUCCUCCUGAGGAGUCUUCGCCUGAAAUGGAGAUGGUUAGUCGGGGCCUAGAAAAACACUUGAAACUGGAACAAAGAGAACACCUUAUGUUUCUCUUUGGUAAAGUUUGUGGCGAGGACAGUCACAGGAUUGCAAGAGAAGCCCUUGGGUUGGUUUGUUGAAUUAUGGAUAUUAGAGACGCAUUCUCCAAAUGGUUGCUCUGACCAACUCGAAGACAACAUCGCUCCGUGAAAAUUAAUCUCUGCCUUCAGCCUCGUUUGGGAUAAACAACUGACUGAAGAUGCAUUCUUUUAGAGUAUAUACCUGUUUAAUUGUUUAGAUUAUAUCUGUUUACUCAAUAAUAUUUAGAUUUUAGAUAGUUUCUUUUAGUAAUGUAUAUUAUUUUCAAUGUCAAAAGACGAUUCUUUUAUUCA